AUGGGGGAUGUUGAUGGGUUUGAGGCAGAGAGAGCGUUUGAUUUGGAGGAGACUAUAUUUGUUGCUGUGGGCAAGAAUGUAGAGAAGAGUAGAAGGUUGCUUUUUUGGGUAUUGCAGAGUUUUGCAGGCAAGAAGAUAUGUCUCCUCUAUGUUCACCAGCCUGCUAAUGUUGUUUCUUUGACAGACAGAAAACUUGCUGUUAAUGAACUAAAGGAAGAUGCUGUCAAGGCAUUCCAAGGAUUUGAAACAAAAACGAUGCAUGAUGUCUUAGAUCAAUACUGUCUCAUUCUUGCUCAAGAAGGGGUACAAGCGGAUAAAGUAUGGAUUGAGAUGGACAAUAUAGAGAAGGGAAUUGUUGAAAUUAUUUCUCAAUGCAACAUUAGGUGGCUUGUCAUGGGAGCAGCAGCUGAUAAAUAUUAUUCAAAGAAACUGGGAGAGCUAAAGUCCAAGAAAGCAAUAUUUGUGUGCCAGCAAGCUCCAACUUUCUGUCAUAUCUGGUUUGUUUGCAGGGGCUGCCUUAUCUACACAAGGGAAGGUAGAUAUUACAGAUCUGAAGCGGAGGUUUCUCUUCCACUGCUCCUGCCAAGUUCAGAUUCAGAUACUGAGCAACUUAGGAUCUUGAGAUCAGAAUCUCUUACACAACUAGAUAGGUCUCUCGAUGCAGAGGAAGUUGCUGAUGACUUGGGAGGAAUUUUGGGAAGAUUUGAUCGGUAUCCAGUUCAUUCUUGUCAAUCAACCAACACAAUACUUAGCAAUUCCAAGUUCAUCCCAUUGUUGGCAGAUGAGGAAGAAAAAACUCAAAUGCGAACAACUGAAGAAACAUGUUCUAGAUUGGAAAAGGCAAUUAUGGAUGCUAAUGAUUCAAAGAAAAAGGCACUUGUGGAGGCACUAAACCGAUGGAAAGAGGAAGACAAUGCCAUGGAGGCCAAAUGCAAGGCCAAAGCAUUAGAAAACUUAUGCGUUAAGGAGAUUAGCCUAAGAAAAGAAACGGAGGAAGCCUUGGAUAGAAAAAAGCAAGAAGUGGAAAAGACAAAGAAUCAGCGUGAUGAAUUUUUAAAAGAACUCCAGAUGGUCAAGGAGGAUAAGUGCGCACUUGAGAGCCAAAUUGCAGAGUCCCAGCAUAUGGUGGAGGAGUUGGAGGAGAAGAUUAUCUCAGCUGUGCAACUCCUGAUAAGCUUUAAGGAAAGGCGGGAUGCAGCAAGGGUGGAGUAUGAAAAUGCAAUACAGGAAGUUAGAAGGCUAAACAUAUCAGCUAAAGCAGCAGCUGCAGGCUGGAAGUCAGAACUCCUUGAAUUGUCUUUUAUGGAGAUCAAUGAGGCAACUCACAAUUUUGAUCCAUCCCGAAAAAUUGGUGAAGGAAGAUAUGGAAGUGUCUACAAAGGGCUCCUUCGCCAUCUCUUUGUCGCCAUCAAAAUGUUUUCAUCUUACAGCUCUCAAUGCCUCUUGGACUUUCAGAAUGGGGUAGAGAUUUUGAGUAGAGUGAGGCACCCAAACCUUGUAACUUUAGUUGGAACUUGUCCAGAGUCUAGGUCACUUGUCUACGAGUAUGUCCGAAAUGGAAGCCUUGAAGAUCACCUUUCCUGCAAAGAUAAGAAGCCUCCACUUCCAUGGCAAACUCGGAUACGAAUUGCUGUCCAGAUAUGCUCUUCCCUCACGUUCCUACACUCCAACAAGCCUUGUAUCAUCCAUGGGAAUUUAAAACCAUCCAAGGUUCUCCUUGAUGCUAACUUUGUCAGUAAACUUACUGACUUUGGCAUAUUUCAUUUAAUCCCACGAAGUGAAAGCACUUCAAACUCAACUGGAUUGUGUAAUAAAUCCACCUCCAAUUUCACCUCUUUGUACGUUGAUCCAGAAUAUCUUGAGAGUGGGAUGCCUACGCCAGAGUCAGAUGUGUACUCAUUUGGAAUUAUACUGUUACAGCUUUUGACUGGGAGAGCAGCUUUGGACAUAGUGAAAGAUGUGAAAUUUGCAAUAGAAAAAGAGAACUUCAAAGCACUGUUGGACUGUUCUGGUGGGGACUGGCCAUUUGAGGAAGCCCUACAGUUAGCUAACUUGGCCUUGAGGUGCUGCGAAAAGAACCGACUUGACCGACCAGAUCUUGUGUUAAUCUUGAGAGUGCUUGAGCCAAUGAAGACUUCAUGUUUCGAUUCGGGACCCAAGGAGCCACGUCGGGCUCCGUCUAAUUUUGUCUGUCCCAUUCUUCAGGAAGUCAUGGAUGAUCCGCAGAUUGCUGCAGAUGGCUUCACAUAUGAUGCGGAGGCCAUUAGAGGAUGGCUGAAAAGCGGGCACGAUACUUCACCAAUGACAAAUCUUAAACUUGAGCACAGCAAUCUACUCCCUAACCAUGCCCUUCAUCAGGCGAUUCUUGAGUGGAAGCAACCUGUGAAACCUGUGAACAGUAUUACUGAUGUGAUGAGACCGGAGGAGGGGAAUGAUUCUUCCCUAGAUACAGUCAUCAAGGAUGCCAUUGGAAAACAGCCUCUUCUUUCUUUUUCAAGGCCAAAUGAUAACCCUGUUCAGUGGAUCCAAUUACUCCAUGCUCUCGAUCAGCCAGAUUAUCCAGGUUGGCCUUUGCUCACUCCUCUGAAGGUGCAGAUGCAAAAGUGCAGCAAGUGUUCUCGAGAAUUUUGUUCUUCCAUUAACUAUAGAAGACACUUGCGGGUUCACCAUCGGUUGAAAAGACUGGAUAAGGAUUCUGCCAACAAUAAGGACUCGUUAGGAGCAUUUUGGGAUAAGCUUUCUGAGGACAAGGCAAAGGAAAUCUUAUCAUUCAAGGAUGUGACUUUGGAGGAAGUUCCAGGGUCUUCAAUUAUAAAGUCAUUGACGGCAGUUAUUCGGAAACCAGGGAUUUCUUCUCUUACUCAAUCUUGUUGGAGAGCUGGUUCUGCCCUUUUGGAUCUUGUCCAAGGGAGGCCCUCCAGGUUUCCUUUGCCUUCUGGGCAACUAUUCAGUAUUCUUGAUGAUGCAAGUGAAAAAACGUUUUUGUGUGGACCAGCUGUAUUAAUACAAAAAUAUAUUUUUGAUGGGGGAGCUGGGAAGAUUGGGCUUGAAACAAAGAAUAUAGUUGCUUGCACAAGCUUUGUGGUGGAACAGAAAUUGAUUAAAGCAUGGCUUGCAGACCAGGAUGCAGAAGCUUUGAGGUGCCAAAAACUGCUUGUGGAGGAGGAGGAAGCCGCCCAAAGAAGGCAAGCUGAACUCUUGGAAAGGAAGAGGCAGAAAAAACUGAGGCACAAAGAACUGAAAGCAAAGGAGCAAAGGCAAGACGAGAAGGUUGAUGUUAAGGAGCGUAUUGAUGACACAUUAGAGGCUGUGCCUCAAGCUGAACAAUCCUGUCCUUUGCCUAUAUCUGAUUCUGAUACGCUUGGUUCAGAGACUCUGCCAGAUGAUGUUCCCUCAUCUCUUGAACCGUUUCAGCUACCUAGAACAGAUGAAGAUGUUGAUUUAGAAAAUCAGAUCGGGCAUGGUGGGGGACAUUCAAUGUUACAAGGAAGUAGUCACAGUCAUAUAGUUGUUGCUCGAUGGCAUGCUUCUUCAAAAUCACAACGGAAUCAUCUGUCAAAUGGUUUCCAUGCUAGUCAAAAUUCUCAAGCUCCAAAACCUGGGACCAUGCAGAAACAUGGAAUUCAAAGGGAUUUUAAGCCAGGGCCCAUAGUCUAUGGCAACAGAAAGUGGAGCCGAAAACCUAAACCAGAAUCUAAUGGGGAGAGUUUGGAAGCUAUAGUACAAAAGGAAGCAAUAACCGAGCCAGAUCAUGAUAAGAAGGGGGAGGUUCUGAUUGGUUCUAUAUCUGUCACACUUGGAAAUUGUAGCCAUGAUGAAAGUAACAAUUUGGAUGGAGCCCAGGAUGAUUCCCUGGUAGAGCAUGAAAUCCCAAAGAAGAACAAUGUGCAGGAGAAGCACAACAGACCUGAUUCUGUUCAAUGUGGCACAAAUCGGCCAACAGUAAAGCUUUGGAGGCCUGUUAGUAGAAAUGGAACGAAAAGUCUAAUGCUAGCUGAAAAUGGCCAUAGAGAAUGCCAACUCGACAUCAUUGGUGGCAAGGGUGAGGAUCAGAUCUUGUGCAAUGACAGCUCUGUAAGAUCAUGUGCCAUGGAUGAUAGUUUUGGUGGGAUGGAAAAUGGUUCUCUACUGGGGGAUCUUUGCCCAGGAGGCUUGCAGUUCUCGAGCCAUGAAGCAAAGGUUUUUCUUGCAGAGAGGUGGAAGGAGGCCAUUGCUGCUGAACAUGUGAAAUUGGCUCUAUCUCCAGAGUACCAAGUUGCUGCAAAUCGUUCAUCGGAUAUUAGAAAGCAAGACGUCAUUGGCUGUGCAGAAAAUCAGUUGGUUGAUGUGGAGGCACAGGAGUCUUCAACUACUGGAGCCGGUAAACCCAAGUUUAAAACAAAGCCUGAUAAGGGUGUCAAGUUAAAGUAUAUACCGAAACAAUGA